AUGGAUAUUGCAUACACAACAGCUGUGAAAAACUCUGCAGUGCCAACUUCACUAUUAACAAGCGUGCGGUAUGCACUCAGUAAAUUGUUGGGAACAAUUAAAAUUGAGAAGGUGGAUCUGCUAAGGAGUGAGCUGGAGAAGUUGGAGUGUCAUUUUACCUGGUCUCUGGAAAGCACGUCCUCCAAGCUCCAGGCCGUCAAGGAGUUACUAGAAUCCUGCAGCCAGAUUAAUGAGUGUCAGUGGCAGGGACAGCUCUAUAACUUCAUGGGCUACAUCCUUCACUCUCAGGGUUCCUCAGAAGAGGCUUUGACCUAUCUGAAGAAAGCAGAGAAGACGAUCAGUGAUCUGUGUCGUCCAGGUGAACUCGGACCCAAGCUGCUGGUGAACCAGGCUAACUUGGCUUGGGUACACUACCACCUGGGUGAGUUACAAGAGAGCCAGGCUUACCUCCGUAAGGUGGAGAAGAUUACAGAGGAGUGCUCCGUCCUGUCCAAGUGCACCCUCCAUCCAGAGGUGAACGGGGAGAAGGGUUGGACCUUCGUAAAAUUUGAUUUGCGACUCAAAAGGGAAGCUAUCAAAUGCUUCACUGAAGCUCUCAAAGGAGAUCCAAUGAGGAGGGAGUGGAACAGGGGGUUAGCCACCGCUAUGGUCAAAGCUUACCCAAGACCACAAGUGACACCUGCCAUAGAAGCCCAGAUUUUAGCGCAGGUAAAGCGAGCCAGGGAGCUGGAUCCAGAUGACCAAUACCUGACUGCACUCUAUCUCAACAGUUUGAGUGUCGCCGGGCAGGUGACAGACGAGACUAAACUGGAAGGGGAACGUCUUGCAAAGAGACUGACGAAAAAUCUCGACGGCCUCAGGGAGGCACUGGCAUUUUUCAGGAGCAGCAUGUCCCUGGAUUUUGCAAUCGAGGUGGCAGAGAACGUUCUGGAAAGUUUUCCAUCUGAAAUUUACGUGAAAAAGCAGCUGGCGAUUUGCUACAAAUGGAAGGUGUUUAUGUUAAAGGAGUCAAACGCUGAGGACCAGGACUGGAUCCAAAGAGCGACCGCCCUUCAUGAAGAGGUGAUCUCCCUGCGCCCACAUUACCUACGUGGGAAACUUGCCCUCGCCGAUAUUCAUGCUAGGUCCGGCAACAUUGAGCGUGCAGACGAGAUGUAUGAGGAACUCCUGUAUAGGGCAGACGACCUUGAACUGGAAGACAGGCAGCUACUUUACAGUCAUUUUAGUACCCAUCUCUACUGGAUCAAAGCUGCCAGAUCCAAAUCUAUCGAUUAUCACAUGAAGGUAGCAGAGAUCCCUCACAGCUCCAGGGUGAGGAAAAACAGCAUAAGAAUCCUGAGAGACAUCAUUAGAAAGGGCAUGAAUGAGAGACAUGGCGAAAUCGUAGACUUUCUGUAUGGUCUUGAUGACAUAUAA